AUGAUUGUUUAUGGGAAAGCGUGCCGUUUACCGGUCGAGUUAGAGCAUCGAGCUCUUUGGGCACUCAAAACGGUGAAUCUUGAUUUAACCGAGGCCGCUAGGAAACAAUUUUUCCAAAUUCAUGAGUUGGAGGCGCUUCGUGACGCCGCGUAUGAUCGGUCGUGGAGCAUUAAGGAAAAGUCGAAAGCUUUGCAUGAUAGAAGGUUACGGAAGUUGAAAGAAUUUCGAGUGGGUGAUCAAGUGCUUUUAUUUAAUUCCAGAUUGAAAUUAAUUGCCGGAAAGUUGAAAUCGAGAUGGUCCGGGCCGUAUGUCGUGAAGGAGGUUUUCCCAUACGGUACCGUGGAGUUGUUGGAUGAAGAUAAGUCGAAUUCGUGGAAGGUUAACGGACAUCGGUUGAAACACUACUUAGGAGGUCCCAUCGACACUGCCGAAGAGGAAACCGUUCCUCUUUCUGACCCGCCUAGCACCACCGCGUAG